GGUCCGAGAAGGGUCCGAGAAGGGUCCGAGAAGGGUCCGAGAAGGGUCCGAGAAGGGUCCGAGAAGGGUCCGAGAAGGGUCCGAGAAGGGUCCGAGAAGGGUCCGGGAAGGGUCCGAGAAGGGUCCGAGAAGGGUCCGGGAAGGGUCCGAGAAGGGUCCGAGAAGGGUCCGAGAAGGGUCCGAGAAGGGUCCGAGAAGGGUCCGAGAAGGGUCCGAGAA